AUGACAAACACGACGUUGGUUGUUUUAGCUCCUGCAAACGCUCAGACCGGACGCCCCGAACGCCCCGGGCGACCAGUUGACUUCCCACAACCCCAGGACCCGUCAGCAUCGCCGACUCCGCCAUCUCCUCCGGUCUGGAUACCAACCCCAGUGCCCCCUUCCCAGCCCGAGCCCGAGCCCGCCCCUUCUCCAUCGGUGCCAAGCCCAUCACCGCAGAACCCGAACCCCCCUCCGGUGCCGGAACCUGCCCCGCAGCCACAGCAACCAGGAGGAAGCAGCGGUCCCAGCCAGCCGGUGGAUCAACCCCCUCCAGUUACGAACGACCCUAGCACGGGCGAUGGCAAGGUGAACGGCCAGGCGUCAGGUCCGAGUGCUGGCAACAAACCGAACGACCCUUCAACCGUGCCCGGAAGCACGUCUACCUUCGGGAACAAGACUCCUAGCAGUACUGGAAACCCUCUUGACAAGCCGAACAAUACCGGGAAUAACGGUAACAGCAACGGCAACGGCAACGGAAACCCCAACAGUGACGGAGGUGAAGACGACGACGACAUGAAUAACAGCAACCCCAAUACGCCCAACAGCGGAAACGCCAGCUCCGGGCUUUCCAACAACCGAACCUUGAUUAUUACGCUUAGUAUUGUUCUAUCAGUUGUGGCUUUCUUAAUCGUCUUGGCAACGAUACUCGUGUGUUAUCGAAUCAAGAAGGGUAGGCUACCGUUCAUCGCGCGAGGGAUUUCGCCCAUCGGCGACGAAGAGAUCGAAUCAUGGAAGCGAAGUGCAGCCCACGAAAAGUACACGAGCGCCCCCACGACGGCAGGGACACGCCCUCCUUCAUCGACGGUAUCGACUAGGAAGCCCCCAAGCGUCAUUGUCUAUCAGAACGCAGCGUCUACAGCAGGCGCUCCUGAGCUCUCCCCGAAAUCUAUUCAUACUGUGAACAAGAGCAUCGACCUUCCACAAGCGGCGGUGCUCGCGCGAGCUCCCAACUCACGGCCAGGACUCACGGACGACACGGUCGAAGGUGACCAAGCAUUCAUCCCUACGCCCAAGAGGCAACAUUCCAGACUAUCCAAGUCGUACAGACAUGUACGAUCGCGAAGCAGCCAGAGCAGUAUGCGGGGAGCGGGAUUCCGGCCUAGGAGUGGCAGCGAGGGCCAAUGGCCUGGCUCGUCUCCCCGGGCGAGCAACGAGUACGCGUACUAUUACCCGCGGACUUCACACUCGUAUGACCGGAAGCACGCACGCAUCUACAGCGACUCAUCGAACCCACCCAGGGCAUCGUUUGACGACGAGUUCUUCAUGGGUGCCCUGUCUCCCCGACCACUGCUGCCCAAGGGCAACCCCACGCCCGAGUCUCAGAUUGGGCGGGCAAUCGGUUGA